GUUUAUGUUAAACAUGUCAAAAUAGUAUAAAUUAAAUUAUUAUUUAUAAUAAUUAAAUUGAAGACAGGAUAAUGAAUCCUGAUGAAGAUGAAAGUGUUCAUAGAUUAGAGGGUAUAAGUAACCAAAAAGGUGGUUUAAUUAUUAAGAAGAAACAACCAACAUUUAAGGUACCACAACCAUCAUUAUUGGGCUUAGAUAAACUAGCUGCUCAACGUCGUAAAGAACGUGAAUUAGAAAAUGCUAGAAAAAUAUCAUUUUCAAACAAAGAUGAUGAUGAUUCAUCAUCUUCGUCUGAUAGCUCCGGUGAUGAAAAAUUACAAGAAUCAGAAAAGAAAUCGAAACGGAAUUAUCGUUUAACAUACAAUGAAACUCCAACCUACACGGGUGGAAUAAGUAAAGAAGCUAAAGAUCGUCUGCUAGAUCGUUUAGCCAAAAAUCGUGAAAAAGGUGUUUAUGCAAGUACAAAAGAUAAACGUGAAAAACGUCGAGAUGAAUACGAACGAAAUCGACAUCACGAUCGAUACAGAGAACGUGAUCGAUAUUAUGAACGAAAUGGUGGUGAUUCGAAUCGUAGUGAAUCGAGAACACCUCGUUUUAAGGAUGAACCACAAACACCGAAUUUAAAUGUGAAAGAAACAGUCUCUAAAUCAACUUGGGACGAAGACGAUGUGGGAGAUUAUCAUAGAUCUCGAUCAUCGUGGGAUUUUCCUACUCCAUCCGUUUACAAAAAUUCUGAUGAUUGGUCAGAAAGAGCGCGUGGUAAAAGCGAACCAAAAUCUGAGAGAUCAGAAAGAUCACAUAGGUCUUACAAAACAUCAAUUAAAAAAGAACCAAAAUCUUACAAAUCUUCAAGUCGUAAAGGAAAAAUUGUUGACGAUACACCACGACCUACACCUGUUCAUCGCUAUAAUGUUUGGGCAAAAGAUCGUAAAAAAACGGGUGCUACACCAUCAGUUGGCAAUGAAAAUGUAAAAUGGAAAUCGGAUGAAGACAAAGAAUUAUGGGAAGAAGAGCAACAACGUUUAGAUCGAGAAUGGUAUAACAUCGAUGAAGGUUACGAUGAAGAAAAUAACCCAUUUUCUACAAUUAGCGAAGAAUACACAAAGAAAAAAGAAGAACAACUAGAACAACGUAAAAAGAAACGAAUAUCAGCACAACAGAGACAAAUUAACAAGGAUAAUGAAUUAUGGGAAAGAAAUCGAAUGUUAACGUCUGGAGUUGUACACACAGUUGAUGUAAACGAAGAUUUCGAUGAAGAGAGUGUAGAUCGUGUCCAUUUGCUUGUACAUAAUAUUGUUCCACCAUUUCUUGAUGGUCGAAUAGUAUUUACAAAACAACCAGAACCUGUAAUUCCAGUCAAAGAUCCAACAUCAGAUAUGGCAUUAGUAUCACGUAAAGGUUCAGCUUUAGUUCGUGCCUAUCGUGAGCAAAAAGAACGUAGGAAAGCGCAAAAGAAACAUUGGGAGCUAGGCGGUACAACGAUCGGAAAUAUAAUGGGUAUUAAAAAGAAAGAAGAUGAACCUGACGCCAAAAUGAAUGUAGAAGAGGAUACAGCUGAUUAUAAAGCGGAUCAUAAGUUUGCAGAUCAUAUGCGUGGAGACGUUGCAGUUGCAAGUGAUUUUGCAAAGAAAAAGUCUUUUGAACAACAACGUCGAUAUUUACCAGCGUUCGCAGUACGUCAAGAAUUGUUAAAUGUUAUACGGGAGAAUUCUGUAGUCAUAAUUGUAGGUGAAACUGGAAGCGGGAAAACAACACAAUUAACACAGUACUUACAUGAAGAUGGUUAUACGAAAUAUGGAAUGAUUGGAUGUACGCAACCGCGUCGGGUCGCUGCUAUGUCGGUCGCGAAACGUGUUAGUGAUGAAAUGCAUACACGUUUAGGUGAUGAAGUAGGUUACGCAAUUCGUUUUGAGGAUUGUACUUCUGAAAAAACUGUUAUUAAAUACAUGACUGAUGGUAUUUUAUUACGAGAAUCCUUACGAGAGCCUGAUUUGGAUCAUUAUUCAGCAAUUAUUAUGGACGAAGCUCACGAACGGUCUUUAAAUACUGACGUACUAUUUGGAUUGUUACGUGAAGUUGUUGCCCGAAGGCAUGAUUUAAAAUUAAUUGUAACAUCAGCUACCAUGGAUUCUAGUAAAUUUUCAAUGUUUUUUGGUAAUGUUCCAACUUUUACUAUUCCUGGUCGUACAUUCCCUGUAGAGGUUAUGUAUAGUAAAAAUCCUGUUGAAGAUUAUGUCGAUGCAGCUGUUAAACAAGCAAUACAGAUUCAUUUACAACCAUUAUCAGGUGAUAUGUUGAUAUUUAUGCCGGGUCAGGAAGAUAUUGAAGUUACUUGUGAAGUUUUAGCGGAACGUUUAUCAGAAAUCGACACUGCUCCACAAUUAACAAUUUUACCAAUUUAUUCUCAAUUGCCAUCCGAUUUACAAGCGAAAAUAUUCCAAAGGUCACCAGAAGGUUCACGGAAAUGUGUGGUUGCUACAAAUAUUGCAGAAACUUCCUUAACAGUUGAUGGUAUUAUAUUUGUGAUCGACUCGGGAUAUUGUAAACUGAAAGUUUACAAUCCACGAAUUGGUAUGGAUGCCUUACAAAUUUACCCUAUAAGUCAAGCAAAUGCAGGCCAACGAAGUGGUAGAGCAGGGCGAACCGGUCCUGGUAUUGCAUAUCGUUUGUACACUCGACGACAAUAUCAAGACGAAUUAUUAGCUGCAACGGUACCAGAAAUUCAACGAACAAAUCUAGCAAAUACUGUCCUAUUAUUAAAAUCUUUAGGUGUACGCCAUCUUUUACAAUUUCAUUUCAUGGAUCCUCCACCACAAGAUAAUAUUUUAAAUUCAUUGUAUCAAUUAUGGAUCUUAGGUGCAUUAGAUAACACCGGAGAAUUAACGCCAUUAGGUAAACAAAUGGCUGAGUUCCCAUUGGAUCCACCUCAAUGUCAAAUGUUAAUUGUUAGCAAUCAAAUGGGUUGUACAAAUGAAAUAUUAAUUAUUGUCUCAAUGUUAUCGGUCCCAUCGAUAUUUUAUCGCCCCAAAGGGCGUGAAGAAGAGGCUGAUGGUGUUCGUGAAAAAUUUCAAGUACCUGAAAGUGAUCAUUUAACUUAUUUAAAUGUUUAUAAUCAAUGGAAAAUGAAUAGUUAUUCAGCGAAUUGGUGUAAUGAACAUUUUAUACAUAUAAAAGCAAUGCGAAAAGUUCGUGAAGUUCGCCAACAAUUGAAAGAUAUACUUGUUCAACAAAAAAUGGAAGUCACUUCUUGCGGUACUGAAUGGGAUAUUGUUAGAAAAUGUAUCUGUUCAGCAUAUUUCCAUCAAGCAGCUCGAUUGAAAGGAAUUGGUGAAUACGUUAAUUUGCGUACUGGAAUGCCAUGUCAUUUACAUCCAACUUCUGCGUUAUUUGGUUUAGGUAAUACCCCAGAUUAUGUGGUGUAUCAUGAACUAGUAAUGACAGCACGUGAAUACAUGCAAUGUGUAACAUCCGUGGAUGGUCAUUGGUUAGCUGAAUUGGGUCCUAUGUUUUUCUCUGUGAAAGAAACCGGACGUUCUGGACUCGCCAAACGUAAACAAGCUGCUGAACAUUUACAAGAAAUGGAAUCACAAAUGGAAGACGCACAAAAAGCAAUCAAAGCGCGUAAAGAAGAAGAAGAGCGGAAAGAAGCUGCUUUGAGUAAGGGACAAGAGAUUUUAACACCUGGAACAACUCCACGACGUACACCAGCAAGAUUUGGUUUAUAAAAGUUAUUUUAAAUAUGUUGUAUUUUUCGUAAGAGUUAGAAUUUAAUGUGAAUAAGAAUUUUGUAAUUAUUCAUUUUAAUAUAUAUUUUAUUUA